AUGGUCGCUUAUUGUGAGGAGGAUACGUGUUCCGUGCGGGAAUAUGAACAAUCCCUCAAAUCAGCGCAGCUCGAGAUCGCAUACGAGAAAAGCCUCGCACAGCUGGAUUCUCUAAUAGCCUAUGAAGAGACUAGAAUCUCGCGCGUGGACUAUAUCAUUCUCGACGCUGACUACGAGGUGCUACAUGCGAAAUGCGCACGAUCCGAGUAUGACAUCGAGCAGCUACUCCAAGCCGAGACAACACUGAAGCAACAACUUCUACGCGCACAAGAGGAUUUGGCAAACUUGCAAUUUUCUACGCGCUCUGAUUCGCGUGCGAUGCAGGAUCUAAAGAAUGAUCUCGUAUCAAUUAAGCUUAGGGUCUCCGACUAUGAACAGAUCUCCAUCGAUAACUUAUCCCUUACGAAAGAAAUCGCACACUUGAAACUGGAAUUAGAGCACCUCCAAAACCAGAACAGAUCUCACCAAAAUCUCAUCGCAGAAAAGUCUGCGUUAGAAAGGCAGCUCAAUUCUCUAGAAGUUCAAAUGGAAGAGGAAAGGCGGGCGUUUGAGCGAAAUAAAAAUACGGAAACCAAGAACCAAAAUGCAGAAGCGCAACAACAACUGAAGAAAUUGCAAGAGGAAAUCAAGAAAGAAGUUGACGAAAAACGCCGAAUGGAACAGGAAAUUAAUGAACGGUCAGCCGCAUGGGAGCAACAGAAGAAAUCCUUGGAAGAACGACUUGAUAAGCUUAGGAAGCAGCUACGAGUGACAAAGGAGAAAUUGAAGGAACACCAGAACGAUACUCUUCUAUCUCACGAGCCCCAGCAAAUUGAGCGGCCUCGUCAAAGCAUCGCUAGUGACAGGAGCGCGUCACUGGGUCAUUCUGGUGGCACUUUUGAUCCAUCCAUGACAAUCGCAACACCGGGUGCCGUCAAGGUCAAGACAAAUUUUCAGCCAAGACCCUCUGCCGCCUUGGGAGAAAAGUCGUCAUUCUCAAUCACACCUUACCUUAAGCGCAACAGGAAUGCCGAGGACUCUUCAAGCAGUUCUGACGAUGAUCUGCGACCACAAGCAGAUUUGCACAAUGCCGACAAGCGGGCUAAAGCGUCACCUAAAAGCAGUAAGGCAGGACGUCCUAAGGCGAUUCCGCCAUCUAACCAUGAUAACGGCGCUGAAAACGAGGAUGGUGGUGAUGACCAUAGAAUCGUAAAGGCCGAUGGACACGGCAUAUCAAUCGCAGAAGAUUCUAUACUCUCGCGACGGCAUGACGAGAUGCCACCAAUGCUUGGGGGCAUGUCAAAGAGAGGGCUCUCCUUAGGAGGAAAGCAAGUCCCUCGAAAACGAAAAGUCCUAGGUGGGCAGCGCGAUAUCACCUUGUUUGACGAAGAGGAAGAACAAUUUGAAAGGCCAAAGAGGGUAGAGAAGUCAAUCCCCAGCCUAAAGCCAAGUGCCAAACGCCCACAAGCCCUAGGAGUCGCCGUGACGCGAACAAAACCCAACGGCCGAGUCCUAGGCGUCGAUAUUAUCCCCGCCCAGCCUCCGAAAGGCGUAUCUACUAUUCAGGGAAACUUCCUUUCACCAGACAUCCAGGAGUAUGUCUUGGAAUUUGUGCGAGAUCCCAAUCGCGGUCGACUACGAUUACCUACUCCACCAGCGGAUGAAGCUGGACAUAUCACAGCAGAUGAUGAUACUACCGUCUUACAAUCAUUGAACGAGAGUUCUACUACCACAAUCGACAUGUGCAAGGAGGAAAAUGGAAAACAAAAAGAACGAACUGUCGACGUUGUUCUAAGCGACAUGUCUGCACCCUGGGCUCAAGUUAAAGGAUUCUCAAAUAGGAGCCUUAGUAACCCUUAUCGCAGGAUGAUGAAUACCAGUGGAAUAAGUUUUCGGGAUCACGCUGGAAGUAUGGAUUUGUGCCGAGCGGCGCUGCAGUUCAGCUUCAAUGUCCUUAAGUCUGGGGGACACUUCGUCUGCAAAUUCUACCAGGGACCCGAAGAUAAAGUUUUCGAAAAGCAGCUCAAAGUGUUGUUCGAGAGGGUGCAUAGGUUGAAGCCCGAAUCGUCUCGAAGUGAGUCACGGGAGGCAUUUUUUGUUGCUAUGGCUAGAAAGCCAAAUGCCGCAAGAUCAGACGUGCUCGAUAUCGAAGAUUGA